AUGCAACUAAGUUCUGUCUGGACAUGUGUGGUGAUCGCUUGCGAUCGGUUUAUCGCCGUCUUUUUUCCGAUUAAGAAAAGAGUUUGGGCCACACCGACAACGUCGGCGAUUGUCAUGUGCGGAGUGGCAAUAUUUAGUGUACUCUUCAAACUGCCGGCAUUUUUUGAGAUCGUUCUCAAUGAAUCCGGUCAAAUUAUGCCGUCAUCACUACGCCUUGAUCCAACAUAUCAGCUUGUAUACAUGACAUAUAUGUAUGUGAUAUGCAUCCUGCUACUGCCGUGGACAAUCAUUAUCGUCCUUAACGGCGUUGUCAUCCAAAAAGUUCGUGAAGCAUAUCGUACUCAUGAACAGCUUACUCAGUCUAAAACUAGAGGACGCCGGGAUGUAGACGAACGAAAGCUGACAGUGAUGACUGUAGUGAUGACCGGAAUAUUCGUCUUAUGUAACAUUCCACCAGCGAUCAACAACAUUAUUGAGUCCUACGCUCCACAGUACAGAGAAAAAUAUCGACACCGAAUUCCUCUCUCAACACUUCUAGUGUGUGUCAACAGGUAA